GGGUGAGGCGGCUUCGAUAGCAACGGCCUCCCCCGCCCGUUGGGGCCGAGGGCGUGGCCGGCGCAGACUAGCCUGCUGGGAGGGGCGGGGCUGACUGGAGGCGGCCGCCAGGUUCGGUUGCCGCCGCAAAUGGGCUUGGUCGGCGGGCGGCUGGGGUGGCUGCUGGGCUGGAGGGAGCGGCUCGCCCGUGUGAUGGCCGGCCCCGGGCUGAGCAUGCUGCCCUAGUGCGGGGGCCAUGUCGGAGGCGGCUCGGAGCCUCCUGCAGCGCUGGGGCGCCAGCUUCAGGAAGGGAACCGACUUCGACUCGUGGGGGCAGCUGGUGGAGGCGAUAGACGAGUAUCAGAUAUUAGCAAGACACCUACAGAAAGAGGCCCAGUCUCAACACAACAACUCAGAGUUCACAGAAGAUCAAAAGAAAACCAUAGCUAAAAUUGCAACAUGCCUAGAAUUGCGGAGUGCAGCUUUGCAGUCCACGCAGUCGCAGGAGGAAUUUAAGCUGGAGGAUCUGAAGAAGCUAGAACCAAUCUUAAAGAAUAUCCUCACCUAUAAUAAAGAAUUCCCCUUUGAUGUUCAGCCUGUCCCACUCAGGAAGAUUUUAGCACCUGGAGAAGAGGAGAACUUGGAAUUUGAGGAAGAUGAUGAGGACGGUGGAGCUGGAGCAGGGUCUCCAGAUUCUUUUCCUGCCAGAGUUCCAGGUACUUUAUUACCCAGGUUGCCGUCGGAACCCGGGAUGACGUUACUCACUAUCAGAAUAGAGAAAAUUGGUCUGAAAGAUGCUGGGCAGUGCAUUGAUCCUUAUAUCACAGUUAGUGUAAAGGAUGUGAAUGGGGUAGACCUGACCCCUGUGCAGGAUACUCCGGUGGCUUCAAGGAAAGAGGACACCUAUGUUCAUUUUAAUGUGGACAUUGAGAUCCAGAAACAUGUUGAAAAACUAACAAAAGGUGCAGCUAUUUUCUUUGAAUUCAAACACUAUAAGCCCAAGAAGAGAUUUACCAGCACCAAGUGCUUUGCUUUCAUGGAGAUGGAUGAAAUUAAACCUGGGACAAUUGUUAUAGAACUAUACAAAAAACCCACUGACUUUAAAAGGAAGAAACUGCAAUUGUUGACCAAGAAACCACUUUAUCUUCACCUCCAUCAAACGUUGCACAAGGAAUGACCCUUUUGUGAGACUUCUGUGAACUAAACCACUUGUCACAAAUCACGGUAGCUGCAUGUGUAGCACCCCCAUCCUUCAACAGGCAGGAAAACAGCUGUACUCAUGCCAGUAGGUCAGAUGAGACCAUCACACACUGCACAGCAAUACCACAGGGUCAGAGGUUAAGCCUACCAUUCAGGUGCAAGUUUCUUCCAGUACCUUUUGGAUACCAGUUUUAUCACAAGUGUACUGAAGUAUUUUGUGACACUUUCUCUUCAGAAUUGAGCUGUUUGUAAAAUUUCAAUUUUGUAACUUACCUCUGUUUUUACCCUUCCUUCAAAAACCUUGCUAGAGGAUGGGAAGUGCCCCAUUCACCAUGCCUGAUACCGCAAAAUGUCGUGGCAAGUUUGCUAGCUUGUGUACUCUUGCUAUGCUUGCUAUUGCAGUCCUUCAGGUUUUAGAGUCCUUCACUCUGUCUCGUUGGGAAGGUGAUAGAAAAGGGAUUUUGUAGAAAGAAAGUGUCUGUGAGUGGUUUAAGAAGCAAUCAAGGGAUGGUGGUUAGAGAGAGAGAUUCAAUCCAAAGUUGAAAUGCUGCUCAAGAACAUCUUGUCAGCCUGCUCUUUCGUCUUAGCUGGCUAAGUGGCAGAGGAAAGGAGGGAGGAGUGUUUUGAGGAUAAAAGGGAAGGUGCUGAUGAGACAACCAAAUUGUCAACUGUUGAUCUCAAUCCCAUUCAGAUAGUUCCCAGACUUGCAGCAUCCAGUGUAUCAUGUGAUUUCAGGUAGAACUUGUCUAUUAUUACAAGUGUUGGAAUCCCUUAAAAAUCAUGAAUACUUAUUUAAGGGAACAAACUUCUCUUUUCUAUACUUCGUAUUUCCUAUCCACUUUCCCAGCCAGUGUGUAGGAGAGCUUUGGGGGCCCAUCCUACUCCCUUUGCUGUUGGUGGGAGUUUUACCAUUGAUUUCACAGGUGGUAGGAUCGGGCCCUUACUACUGAGCAUAAAGCCCCCACCAAAAACAUGAACAGCUCAGAAGUGCUCUGGCUAUCUCAAGCUGUUGACUGAAGACAGACAUGCCUUCCCAUGAGAAACUGUUUUCAUAAAACCUGAUUGUGGAUCUUUGCAUACCUCUAUUCAUAUGCAAGUCUGGAAACUUAGUCUAAAAUAACCUGGUUUUUAUGUAGGUAGAUAGGAUUAUCAUUUAUUUUCUAUAUUAUUGAGAUGCAUAGUGUGUAAUAAGCUGCAGGGCAUUGGCUUAUUAUAACAUGAAUAUUUGCAUCCACCUUUUGACUUAAUAAAGGGACCGAAGUAGAACCCAUUCAAACUUUUCAUAUAUUCAAUGAGUGGAAUAUUUAAUACAGUUCUUCAAGGUCUGAUGUGCUUCAUGUGUAUCUUAAAUAGUGCCUACAUACACUCUGCUAUGCUAACAAAGGACCAGCUCCAGGAGAAUGCAGUGUCAAAUGUUAGCUUUUUCUAAUUGCUUGGAUGUAAAUGUACCAUUAACGCCUUUCUUUCUGCACCAUGUAAUACUAACUCACUCCAGAACACUGUUUAAAGAAGUGAGGGAAAAGGAUUUUUUCACUUUUCAUGGCAGUCUGUUUAUGGAGUAUGUCAGGGGUGUUCCCUUCUGUCUCUAGUACAGUGAUCGAACUGAACUGUAACGGGGAUCAAAUAAGGCCUUUUGGAAGUUAGAAGCUGAAUUUAAUCUUGUGUUCUCCCCUUCUUUCCUCUCCUCUGGCUUAAUUGUGGAUGAGUUCACCUCUGUGAGCAAUUAUUUGGCUAAUGGCUGAAGAACUGUGUAUUUUCCUGUUAACAGUUCUUAAAGGGACCCAAUUACAUUAUAACCUUUUACAACAGAAUGCCAUGCCUGAAACAAACACUAAAUAUCUUGAUUAGUUUUGUUAAAAUAAAUGUAAAUAUAAUCUGACAUAGUGUUCCUCCAUUGUGUCUGCUGGUGUUGUACAAAGGAAGGAAACAUUCAUUAAAUAAACUGACUGUAUCUUAUAGGUGCAAAACCACAAUCUUUCACCAAUGCAAAAGGUGUAGUGUAUGACCCUGAUCAUCCAAAGCACUUGCUUAAUUGCAGUUAUUCACAUGCUUAAAGUUAAGGUCAGUGGGUCUCACUGCAUGCACCAGUGCUUUGCUGAAUAAGGUUCUAGGCCUCAUGUAGCCUUCUAAAAGUCCAAGAGGCUUCCAUUUUUUCUGAUGUCUACAUCUGUCAUACUAAACAAAUACUUUGUGGCUAUGUACUUGUCUACACAUGAAGUACUCAAAUACAUCUCCAUAUAAACUGUGCUGCUGUUGUCAGUCAGUAAUGGGGAAAAGGUAAAAAGUACUGAAACUGAGUCUAGUCCUGUCUCUGAUAAGAUGUACUCACACCCUCUGUAUGUUAUACUGACUGCUGGGGAUGAUCCUUUCAAAGUUAAGAACUAUUUAAGAUUUUAAUUUAGGGGGGUUAAAUGAAAUGGAAUAAACUUGCUUUGGGGGGAAUAUAAUAGGUUAAACUUCAACUUGAGGGAUUUGAUUUUCAAAGAUGGGUGUCCUUAAAAUGCAUAUGUUAUAGAUGUGUAGUUAACCAGUUACAUGUCUACUGGUGAAUGGUUAAUGAGCCAAUUUGUACACUAGUGCCUACAAAUUAAACAUGUUUUCAUGUGAAACAGA